AUGGCUGGUUCGCCUGCACAACGCGACGAAGCUGUUGACCCAGACGACACCGGCCGCAGCCAUGCCCAGCCAAGGACUAACAUCCAGCUCCCGACCCGCCAUUUGGACGUCGACGACGACUUUUACCAGUCGACUGCAGCCGUCGCCUCUGCUGCCGAGCUUGGACAACCCGAUGCCAUCUUGCCCAAGUACGCCGACUUCGUCUGCCAAAUGAUGCUUCGCGCGGUCACGUUCCGCGCUCAUUUGCACUGGCUCGACAGGGCCGAUCAGGCGUGCCUCUGUUGCCCCGAGCACGAGACGUACCGCCACUUUCUCGUCGACUGCGACUUCAUCACGGACGUGUAG